UGAAGUUGGGUCUAAUGCCUCUGAACAGCCUGGUGCUCGAACUUGGACGUGGACUGAAAAUAAUGGUGUUUCCCGCACAAGAGAGCGGUCCGGUCACCGAGACCGAGUCCCGGGACGCGCACUUGAGUUUGUAAAUCUGUUUCAUCGACUCCGAGUAACUCCUCGGGCGCGCGCGCGUGUGUGUGUGUCUGUCUGACUGUCUGUGUGUGUUUUUUUUGGGGGGGAGUCUUGCUGCUAAAUGGCCAGCAGUGGCUGAAGUGUUUUGGUCCAGUCAGUGACAGCCUGCAGACAGCAGGGAGAGCUGUGCGGCGACCACACUGCAUUUGAUGAUGAGAGCUUCCAAGAAGUGAAGGAAAUCUGGGAGCUGAUUUCUUGCUGGGAAAAAAAUAAUUUCAACACAGUGUGCGGUGGAUCACGACCAAAGGAGCCAUGGAGGCCUCACAGGACCUCAACGAACAGAUGGUGAAGAAAUCACAUAGUGAAUCUCAUGUUCCAGACCCUUCGGACACCAGGUCCAUGGAAAUGCAGGACCUAGCCAGUCCUCAUAACCGUGUGGGAGGUGGAGAUUCGACAGGCUCCAAGCUAGACAAGAGCAACCUUGGCAGCCCCUCCAUCACCACCAAUGGAACAGGAGGUGAAAAUAUGACUGUUCUAAACACGGCUGAUUGGCUGUUGGGCUGCAGCAGCCCGCCCCCCGCCCCGGGCUCCAAGGACUAUGUGAAAACAGAGCCUAUGAACAACAGUGAUACAGUCACUACGACAGGCGACACAGCACUGGACACAUACGCAGGCUCAGUAAUCACCAGCAGCGGGUACAGCCCUCGUUCAGCCCACCAGUACUCCCCUCCGCUUUACCCUUCAAAGCCCUACCCUCACAUCCUCUCCACGCCUGCAGCCCCUCCCAUGCCGACCUACGCCGGUCAACCCCAGUUCAGCAGCAUGCAGCAGUCAACUGUCUACACCGCUUACUCCCAGACAGGGCAGGCCUACGGACUGUCCACCUAUGACCUCGGUGUGAUGCUGCCGGGCAUCAAGACAGAGAGCGGCCUGGCCCAGAGUCAGUCUCCUCUGCAGACGGGCCUCAGCUACAGCCCCGGCUUCACCACACCUCAGCCCGGACAGACUGCAUAUUCACCCUAUCAGAUGCCAGGUUCCAGUUUCACUCCUUCCUCAGGCCUCUACGCCACCAACAACUCUGUGUCCAACCCCGCCAACUACACUGCCACACAGCAGGAUUAUCCCUCAUAUACGACGUUUGGCCAAAACCAGUACGCCCAGUAUUAUUCCGCCUCCACUUACGGGACAUAUAUGACCUCCAACAGCGUGGAUGGCACAGGCUCCACAGCAGCCUACCAGCUGCAAGAUCCCACCCCCGCCAUGACCGGACAGGCUGCUGAACUUCACCCAGGGGACUUUGACACAGUGCAGAGCCCCUCAACGCCCAUCAAAGAGCUGGAUGACCGAGCCUGCCGGAGUGGGGGGUCCAAAUCCCGGGGCAGGGGCCGCAAGAACAACCCUUCCCCUCCCCCUGAUAGUGACCUGGAGAGGGUGUUUGUGUGGGAUCUGGACGAGACAAUCAUUGUCUUCCAUUCACUGCUCACUGGCUCCUACGCACAGAAAUAUGGCAAGGACCCUCCCAUGGCGGUAACACUGGGUCUGAGGAUGGAAGAGAUGAUCUUCAACUUGGCUGACACACACUUAUUCUUUAAUGACCUGGAGGAAUGUGAUCAGGUACAUAUUGAUGAUGUAUCAUCAGAUGACAAUGGCCAGGACUUAAGUACUUACAGUUUUGCAACUGAUGGCUUCCAUGCAGCUGCAACCAGCGCCAACCUGUGCCUGGCUACGGGUGUCCGCGGCGGGGUCGACUGGAUGAGGAAACUGGCCUUCCGCUACCGACGAGUCAAAGAGUUGUAUAGCACAUACAAAAACAAUGUGGGGGGCCUGCUGGGUCCUGCGAAGAGAGACGCCUGGCUGCAGCUCAGAGCAGAGGUGGAGGCUCUGACUGACUCCUGGCUCACCCACGCACUCAAGUCCUUGUCCAUCAUCAGCUCCAGGAGUAACUGUGUAAAUGUGUUGGUGACCACAACGCAGCUCAUCCCAGCGCUGGCUAAAGUUCUCUUAUAUAGUCUGGGAUCCGUUUUCCCUAUCGAGAAUAUUUACAGUGCAACAAAAAUAGGCAAAGAGAGCUGUUUUGAGCGUAUAGUCUCCCGCUUUGGCACUAACAUUACAUAUGUUGUGAUUGGCGAUGGGAAGGAUGAAGAGCAUUCAGCCAGCCAGGUAAACAAACGACUUCUGAACUUUGACCCCUCUGACCUUGUGACCCUCCUUCCUCCCCUUGUUUAUUUGUUUUUUGCAGGAAAAGAGAGUUGCUUUGAACGCAUAAUGCAAAGGUUUGGCAGGAAAGUAGUGUAUGUUGUAAUUGGGGACGGUGUGGAAGAGGAGCAGGCGGCCAAAAAGCACAACAUGCCUUUCUGGAGGAUAUCCAGUCACUCUGACCUGCUGGCAUUACACCAAGCACUGGAGUUUGAGUACCUGUAACUAUUAUAGCAAUAUGGACUCAAGCAAUGUUACCAUGGACAUGGUCAGCGAGGCAGCACCCCCUUCUUUUGUAUAACUAUUUAAGAACAAACACAAUACACUGCGACUGUUUUUGUGAUUUUUUUUUUUUUUCUUUUCGUCUUGUUUUUUGAACAUCUGGAUUUACAAAAUCUGAACGGUCUUAAGAAGCAAAGGAGGGAUGAAAGGAGGUAAAGAAAAGGACAGUGGGGUUAAGAGAUGACUCAACCAUCCAACGUGCCCCUGCUCAACCCCCUGGCCCCGAUGCUGGGGAUGGACCUCUGUGAAAACCCGUGUCUUCUGUCCAUGCAGCUGUAGCAGACUGAAACCCUGUACUGACUGAAGACCGCCCCUUGGCCUGGGAAGACAUUUCCCUGGGCAACUCGAUGUUUGGUUUGUGCUGGAGCACCCAGGCUAGUAUCAGGACUGUUGUGGGUCACCUAGGAUAAACCGUCCUCAAACAAUGAGGGCUUCUCUGUACAGGCAGCAUUAUGUGUGAAGGGAUAACAGCUGCUUGACGUGUUUUCUUCCUGGUGGUAUAAUCACAACAAUGCAGUCUGUGGCAGAAACUUGUGUAAAUUAUUAACAAUAAACUUAAGGGCAGUGGUGGAUGCUUUUGUCAAGGAAAGUAAAUUUUAAUGUUUUGGGGUCUUGUUUUUUCCUCUGGAUUUUUUUGUAUUUUUUUUUUUCCCCCUUCUUUGAGAAACUGAGGAUGUGCGUCAUGAUGUGUUGUGCCUUAAUGUGUUUGAAUGUCUUUUCUUUAUUCACAAAUGUCUAUGUAGAUAUAAAGGAGAAACCUUAUCCAAAUGA